AUGAACAUCUCCCCUGAGAGUAUUCCCAGAGCCCCAACAUCGCACCAUCGUACAUUUGGAACUCCUUCCAGCCGUACAUAUGGUGCUGGCCCCCAACCUCCCACACCCAUUGCCCCAAUCCCAUUCAAGAUCCCUCAGUCACAGCCCGUGGCUGAUCUUGCAGCCUCCAGUUCUUCGGGAAGAAUGCAUCCUUUUGCAGCAAUAGGGUUCCCAUCCCAGCAGGGCCGUCGCGAGACCCCUUUACCUCAGAGGAUUCUUCGACAACAUCAUAGCCUGCAAGCCUCUGUGGCAAGGGAAGGUGGUGCUGAUGGUCGCACCGGAGGUCGGCCAAAGUUUCAUUUCGGUCUUUCUUACCAAAAGCCAAGUGUCAAGGACGACGAUGCCAUGUAUCAAAGAGUCGACUGA